AUGAUAAACAGUGAACAUGUGAAAGAAGAAUGGAUGCCUUGUCCGAAAAUUGAAACAGACUGGCCCGGUUUAACAUUCAUUUACCCGUUGGAUGAAAUAAUAAUUGUGAAAAAAACUGAUGUCUUACAUCAAGUUAUUGGCGGGAAAGGGUUUUGCUACACUAUAUUUAACAACCAACAACAAAAAGUGUUUAUAGCUGUCCAAGAAUCGCAUAAGAAAAAAUAUAACCUCAAAAUUUUUAAUUAUUACGGCAACGAAGUCAUUCAAGUAAGAAAACCUUGCGGUCUGUGUUUGAACCGAGUUUUAAUUUGGGCACCGCCCGGAAAUUUUGUGGGAUCCGUAGAGAAAAUAUUUACUUGUUGCCCUACAACGUAUCUUGUGAAGAACAGCCAAGGUGACGUUGUAUUAAAGAUAAAAGCUUGCAAAUGUUUCAAAUUUGAAUACGACAUUUUAGCGAAUGGCAAGAAAAUCGGAAAAAUGCGGAAUGAACAUCAUAAAAGAAACGUGUUUAAGGAAAAUGUCGCUGCAUCAUUUCCAGCAGAAAUUGAUAUUGGUUACAAAGCAGUUUUGAUCGGAGCUUGCUUUCUAAUAAAUUUUUUAAAUUGA